CUACUGUCACCUUUUACUUUAAAUUCUUCCCAUCUACUCUCACCUCUAUUUCAUUAACAGCACUGCUAAAUCCUCUCCCUCUCCAAGAAAAAGAAAGAAAGAAAAAUGGGGUUUUCAAGAAGUGUUUGGGGUGUGUUUGUUGCUGCGGCUGUGUUUGCAUAUGAGGCGGCUAAAGGGGAGCCGAUGGUGCCAUCACUCUGCAUCUUUGGAGACUCUGUGGUGGAUUCGGGAAACAACAACAACUUGAACACUGUGAUUAAGGCUAACUUCCCACCUUAUGGAAGAGACUUUGUCAAUCACCAGCCCACUGGAAGGUUCUGCAAUGGAAAACUGGCCACAGAUUUCACUGCUGAGAACCUUGGGUUCACCUCAUACCCUCCAGCUUACCUAAGCCAAGAGGCCAAUGGGAAAAGCAUUCUUGCUGGUGCCAACUUUGCUUCUGCAGCUUCUGGUUACUAUGACAGCACUGCUCAGCUAUAUCGUGCCAUUACACUGCAACAACAGCUAGGAUAUUACAAGGAGUGGCAAAGCAAAGUUGCGAGUUUGGCAGGGAAAGCUAAGGCCAACAACAUAAUUUCAGGUGGAAUCCACCUUGUGAGUGCAGGGACAAGUGAUUUCAUCCAGAAUUACUAUGUUAAUCCCAUGGUUUGCAGAGCUUACACUCCCGAUCAGUUCUCUGAUCUCCUCAUGCAGUCAUACACUACCUUCAUUCAGAAUCUGUAUGAGUUGGGGGCGAGGAGGAUAGGAGUGACCAAUCUACCACCAACUGGCUGCUUGCCUGCUUCGAUCACGAUGUAUGGUGGAGGAAACAACCAGUGUGUUGAAAGGAUGAACCAAGAUGCCAUUUCCUACAACAAGAAGCUUAGCAGCACAUCACAAAGCCUAAAGAGCAAGCUCCCAGGCCUCAAACUAGUAGUGUUUGACAUCUACCAGCCUCUGCUAGACCUCAUCACAAAGCCCUCUGAAAAUGGGUUCUUUGAAUCGAGGAGGGCCUGCUGCGGGACAGGGACACUGGAAACAUCAUACCUCUGCAACGAAAGCUCAAUAGGGACAUGUUCGAAUGCCACAGAAUAUGUGUUCUGGGAUGGAUUCCAUCCAUCUCAAGCUGCUAAUGAUAAGUUGGCUCAGAGUCUGCUGGUUCAAGGAUUUGAUCUCAUCUGAUCAUCGUGAUCGACUUAAUUAAUGCAUGCCCACACUGCAUCUACAUGCAGAUUAACUCAUCACUGUUGCCUUGUUGAUUAUUCCUUACAUUUGUAUGGUUUGUCUCAUGUCUGAAUUGAACAUGAUGCGUUAUCAUUAUGUUA